GCUGAGUAUAAUCUUGGAAAUACAAAUUCACGACUCCUAGGAGUUUGUUUGAAUUUUGAAAUUCCCCAAGAGCCCUGCGUGUCAUAGGCUUUUUGUAUAUGCGGAAGGCAUGAGGAAACGCUUGAAAAUGCAAUUCCAGUAGUUUCCGGAAUAAGGUGACCUCGGUGUUGCUGGUGUAACAGGAAAAUGUCUCAAACUCUUUGUUUGUCGCCCCAAAUGGGCUCUUAUUUUGAUAAGACGGAAUGCAGGUCUCCGAUUGGCUCUUUGUAUGUGGCUCCAUGCCGACACCCACUGCACUGGGUACAACCUGUGAAAUGUCACUAAAUAUAUUAGAAGUGGUAUUGUGUUUAUGUCCGUAAGGGCUGCUCUGCUUCCUACAGCGCUGUUUAUUUUUGGUAUCGGUCUCCCUCAGUCCCCGGACUCCACAGUGGACUGGCGGAAGACGCAUUUUCGCUUUAGGAAAAGCAGUUUCGGUGCAUUUCUCGUUGAACUCUUAGGUAUUCCCAAGCGCCGCGGAUCUGGUUAUUGCAUGCAUUCGGCUUUAUAUUUUAAUAAAACGAUGAAAUAUAUGUUACAAAUGGAGUAGGCCAGUGUUUUGGAGUUUGUAUUCCGUAGCUCGGUAGCUUCGGAUAACCUUUGACCCCAGAAUGACCAGAGAAGAUGAGAUCCCUGAUUGGGUGGGGGCCCAGGAGUUCUAUGAGAAGUAUGAACCUAAGGAGAUCCUUGGAAGAGGUGUCAGCAGCGUAGUACGGCGCUGUGUGGACAAGCGGACCGGCCAGGAGUAUGCUGUCAAGAUCAUAGACAUCACCCCAUCUGACAAAAUGACUCCUCAGGAGAUCGAGGAGAUCCGGGAGGCCACCGUCAAGGAGAUCGACAUUCUGAGGAAGGUCUACGGCAAGGAGAACAUCAUACAGCUGAAGGACUGCUACGAGACCAAGGCCUUCUUCUUCCUGGUAUUUGAUUUGAUGAGAAGAGGGGAGCUGUUUGACUACCUGACAGAGAAAGUUACACUGAGUGAGAAGGAGACCAGGAAGAUUAUGCGUGCCCUGCUGGAGGUGGUCCAGUUCCUCCACUCCAUAAACAUCGUCCACAGAGACCUGAAGCCUGAAAACAUCCUGCUGGACGACCACAUGAACAUCAAGCUGACGGACUUUGGCUUCUCUGUGCAGAUUGAGCAGGGGCAGAAGCUCAACGAGGUCUGUGGGACACCCGGGUAUUUGGCACCUGAAAUAAUUGAGUGCUCUAUGGAUGCUAAUCACCCGGGAUAUGGGACCGCUGUCGACUUGUGGAGCUGUGGAGUUAUUAUGUACACUCUCCUGGCCGGGUCCCCUCCGUUCUGGCACCGCAAACAGAUGUUGAUGCUCCGGAUGAUUCUGGCCGGGAACUACCAGUUCACCUCCCCAGAGUGGGACGACCGCUCGGAUACAGUCAAAGACCUGAUUUCUCGGCUGCUGGUGGUGAUCCCCGAGAAACGCUACACAGCCUCCGAUGCCCUGAACCACCCCUUCUUCCAGCAGUACACAGUGGAGGAAGUGCGUCACUUCAGCCCCUACAGGAAGUUUAAGGUCAUCUGCUUAACCGUGCUCGCCUCCAUGCGUAUCUACUGCAACUACCGACGCGCCAAGCCCGUCACCAAGGAGGUGAUCAAGAGCGACCCGUACGCCGUGAAGCCCAUCCGCAAGCUGAUCGAUGCCUGCGCCUUUAAGAUCUACGGCCACUGGGUGAAGAAAGGGCAGACGCAGAACCGGGCAGCCCUGUUCGAGAACAGCCCCAAGGCUAUCCUGCUCUCCCUUGCGGGGGAGGAGGUGCUGCUCAGCAUGUGGUAGCAUGACGCUAUGGCGGGUGGGGGGGGGGAGAGAUGAACAGCGUUAGUAAGCGUUUAACCUUUUUGGUUUUAUUGUAUGAUUUGGUACUUUAGUUUGUGAAUGCAUGUCUGUUUUAAUUUGAUGCUUGUUUAAACUUGAUGCAUUUAACAUGCAUACUUGAAACUGCAUGUACUGCAAUGUAAAAUGCAUUAUUUAUUAUGCGCUGAGGUUUGAGUGUGUUUAUGGUUUUAGUACACAUUUAAAAUGCUAUUGUAUCAAUAGUACCUUAAUAUUUUACUACUCUGGUGGAAUAGCUAUCAAUUAAAGAACAAUUGUUAAUACCCA